AUGGAGUUAAUUGUAGAGGGUAAGCGGUUUUGGCUGGUAUUGUGGGUGGUUCUGCAGUGUAUACUCGGCGGUACUCAAUGUAAAAGUUUGGAGGAGAAAAUCGACGCUAAAAUCAAGAAACCGGCGGGGUUGCCAUUUGAAGGAACUAUGAAUUGGGUUGAAGGUAGUGGAGUGGGUGGUGGUGGGUGGAAUGGGUUGAAUUUCGAACAUUUGCUCAGUGCCGCCGGUAAGGGUAGGGAUUCAACCUUUGGCGCUAGAAAACUUGGGACCAUUUUAAGAAAACCUGACUGCAUAGGAAAAGGUGGUGGUGGUAAUGGCGGAAAAGGUCACGAGAAAAAAGGGAGAAAGUAUACUGGUGGUGGUGGGGUGGGAAUUGGUUUUGGUGGUAGUGGCGGUGGUGGCAUUGGUGGGGGUGGUGGUGCUGGAGGGGCUAUUGGCGGAGGAAUUGGUGGAGGUGGUGGCGCCGGAGGGGGUAUUGGCGGAGGAAUUGGUGGAGGUGGUGGCGCUGGAGGAGGUAUUGGCGGAGGAAUUGGUGGAGGUGAAGGAAUCGGGGGAGGUAUUGGCAAAGGAAUUGGUGGGGGAAUAGGUGCUGGUGGAGGAAUUGGUGUUGGAAUUGGUGUUGGUGGUGGAAUUGGUAUUGGCAUUGGAGGCAGUGGUGGAGGUGGUGGAGGAGGAGCAGGUGGUGGCAUCGGAGGAGGAGGUGCAGGAGGUGGUGGAGGAGUGGGAGUAGGUGGUCCAAGAGGUGGAGGAAUUAGUGUAGGUGUUGGAAUUGGUGGAAGUGGAGGUGGUGGCAGUGGCAGUGGCGGCAGCGGCGGUGGAACCAGUGGAGCAAUCUUGAGUGGAGAGACCAAGCAACCUUAA